AUGUCAUCAAUCACCAAGUCUCCCAUUGCAUUAAUAGCUCAACCAUAUAUCUGUGGUGGCUCUUCUGCCGUAUUUGCAGCCGUUGCUAUCCAUCCCAUUGAUCUAGUUAAAGUGCAUUUACAAUUAGCAGGUCAAACCGGUUCCAACGUCACGGGUCUGGGCAUUGCUCGCUCCGUUGUAGCAAAGGAAGGUAUUACCGGAUUAUAUGCGGGUUUAUCAGCUGCUGUAGCCCGUCAAAUGGUUUAUGGUACAGCCCGUCUUGGAAUGCAUCGUGCCUUUUCUGAUAAGAUGAUUGCACGUCGCGUCGCCAAUGGUGAAAGCGCGUCACUGCCACUUGCUAUCAAGUCUGGAUCAGCUAUUGUUACGGGCGGGAUUGCUGCAACACUGGGCUGUCCUAUGGACGUUGCUCUUGUUCGGAUGCAAGCCGAUACAUUGACCAAGAGUGGCGAGAAACGUGGUUACAAGAACGUAUUUGAUGCCAUUUUGAAGAUCGCAGGCUCGGAAGGUGUAGCGACACUGUGGCGCGGCAGCAUCCCUCUUGUCGCUCGUGGUGCUGCCAUGAAUCUUGGCAUGAUGGCCUCCUAUGAUCAGGCAAAGGAGAUGAUUGUGGCUCAGUAUGGCCCCGGUUUCGUCACAAACAUUGGUGCCAGUGCUGUGUCUGGCUUUGCCUGCGCCUUCACGUCACUGCCUUUUGAUCUGGUCAAGUCGCGUCUUAUGAACAUGAAGGUAGACCCCAUGACGGGACAGAACCCGUACUCAGGCGUGACAGAUUGCUUUAAGCAGAUCAUUACUAAGGAAGGACCUUUCAAGCUUUGGCGUGGAUACUGGACGUACUACACGCGCUGUGCACCUAACGCUAUGAUCGUGCUUCUGGUAGUUGAACAACUCAAUUCGGUAUACAAGAAAGCCUUCCUCGACUAG